UCUGAUUUGUAGUACGUCUUGUGUGUUAAAAAUGUGGUUUAUGAUAUUCCUGCUAAUUGCAGGGAUUAAUUACGUGACAAGUCAUGAUUUUCAAGUGCUUACAAGUAAUUUUUUUGAUAAUCUACAAGCCGACCCUGCAUUGCUAGCUGAUAAUAACUUGAGCGAUAAAUCGAAGCAAUUCAUAGAGACACAAAUAUCAAAUUAUGUAAAACUGGUAACUUUUGGGGAAAGAAACGCUAAUAAGAAAAAACGCAGUUUAUUAGAUAAUUUUACAAAAAAUAUAAAAGGAACUUAUCUCCUGUCUAACGUCACACCAUCAGCUACAAUUCCGGUCCGAUUUCCUCUCGAUCUAACUCUAUUUGAGCAAAAUUCGCACUGGCAUGCUGCAGCUUUAGAAAGUGCAGAUGUUAAAGAAAAUGCCAAUUAUUUAGUCAUCUUCAAAUUUGAGAAUCAAACUUUCAAUGAAAGAGCUCGAACCCCCGUCAAAAAUGGAGUCAAACUUGCCACUAUCGAUUUGGGAAACUCAACGCUGAUAGCCGUGGCUGAAAAUGAUACCUCCAGGGACAAUUUUCACAAUAAAUCCGGAAUUUAUCAAUUUGAUAAGGCCCGACUGAGCAAAAUCCAAUCUAUUGAUAUGCAUUAUGCUAAUGAUAUAACUUUGUGGAAGAUACACGAUGAAGUAUACAUGUCCUUCGCACAAUUUAUGACAAAUCAAAGCGGUCAUAUUCAAUACGAGGCCAAAAUACCGGUUUACAAAUGGUUGGGGAAUCAUUUUGAUUUGGUGCAAAACAUUGCAAGCAAAGGGACUCGAAAAAUUACGCCGUUUAAAGUCGAUCAUGUGAAUUUUUUAGCUAUUGCGAAUUUUAGGGACAACCAAGGGAAUACUCGAGUGUAUUCCGAAAUACACAAAUACGAUUAUCACUUAGAAAAAUAUGUUUUGUAUCAAAGUAUUCUCACAAAGGCUUGUAGUGAUAUUAAAGUCUUCACUUUAUCACAAGAUGAUCACAAAAAGGACACCUUUCUAAUUGUUGCCAACUUCUACGACAAAGAUUCUGAUGGUAAUAUAAAUUAUGCAACUGAUUCUAUAAUUUAUAAAUAUGUGGACAAUUACUUUAUCCCGUUUCAAACUUUCCGUCUGAAUGGAAUUCAGCAGUGGCUACCAAUACAGGGUGAGGACGACGAGUUUGCUCUUAUUGCAACUUCGGCUUUUGAUGGCCUCAAAUAUUUCCAAUACGAUGGCUGGUCUUUCAGUGAAACUGUUCAAAAAACGGUGGAUUUGGUCAGAAGUGCCGGAAUAAAGUCGAUACGUUUUGCCAAAUUUAAUAAUAGUUACGCUUUAGUCGUUUCGAGUAAAAACAACAAAGGCAAAACGGCCAACAUCUUUCGGUUGGAAUUUACUCAUCUAAAUGUCGUAAAUGAAAUUUAUGCCGAUAUGAGCACUUGGUGUGAUAGUGGAUUGGCAAAAAUUGAAGAAAUGGUCAAUGGAGAUGUUUUUGACGAGGUUUUGGGUGAGGCCGAAAGGGCUGAUAUUGACGAAGAAAAAGAAAACACAGAGAUACAAAAUCUUAAUUCACAAAUUGAUUCAUUGAACUCACUGCUGGAUCAACUGAACGUGUUUCAUAAACCUGAACAAAUCAGUGCUGAAGUAAUUAUCUUCAAUAAUUCAACUUUUAUCCAAAAUUUGGUCACUGACAAGAUUAAUAACUUUGAAACAAAUAAAUUAUUGGAAAAUACUCUGAAUAUUGAGCUAGGAUUUGAUUUAGGUGAAGUGAGUUUUGUCUCACUUAUCACCGAUGAAUCUCUUAAGGCACAUGCGAUCAAUGCAAGAGAUCCUCAGACUCUUCUUCACACUUCCGACAACUUAAAUUUAACAAAUCUUAAAGUGCAAGGUAAUUUAUCUGCACCUAAGGGGAUAAAAGUUGAAGGAAAACUCAACAACAUGUCUAUAAAUAACAAAAGUUUGUUGCUAAAGUCCGGUGAUCAAAAUUUUUCGCAACCAUUAGUGUUACAAGAAGCUGAAAUUAAUAAAAUAACUGCAAAAUCACUAAACGGCCAAGAUUUGGCCAAUUUACGAACACCGACGCAGGAACCAAUCAUUUCACAUUUGGAAACACUAAAAGUGAAAAAUUUGACUAUUGGUGGUUACAUAAAUAAUGUAGAUGUUCCAACUUUGGACAAAUAUGCUUUGAAAAAAUCCGGCAAUCAACAAAUAACAUCCGAGUUUAUUUUUGAUGAGAUUCAAGGGAAAAAUCUGGAGGUGUUUGGGGAAAUUUCUGGCAAAAAAGUAUCAGAUUUGAUAUCCGCAAAUAGUGGCAAUUAUUCACUUAAUAGUGAAAUUAUUUUCAAAAAUGAUCUUUUCGUCGAUGAUUUAGAGGUCUCGAAGUCUCUAGACGGAAUUGAAGUGUUUGAUGGUAAGCUUGAUAUUCUUUUGAAAGACAGUCGAGAGGAACAGGAAAUAACCGGUGCGAAAAUCUUCGACGACGUUAUCAUCUACCACGCUAUCAAUUUCCAAGGGCACGUCAAAAGCAAAAAUUUGGAAAAAAUGAAUCCUUUGAUUACAAUCGAGAAUGAUUUGGUGCUCACGGGCCCAAAAACAAUUACAGGACAUGUCCAAAUCGAAAAUUUGGUUAGUGUGAAAGACAUCGUCACUACAGAUGGCACGUAUUCAUUAACUUGGCUCGAAGCUGAUGGUCUUAAAUUAACUAGUAAAGAAGUGAAGCCGCAUUUACACUUCGUGCAACAGAUUAAUAUUGAUGAGAUUUUUGUUGAUACUUUAAAUGGGAAAAAUCCUCAUGAUUUUGUCGUGACUGGAACUGAGGAAUCACAAAUUAUCCAAAGUGUGAAAACGUUUCUUGGAGAUGUUCGCGUUACAGGGGGCACUAAUGCAAUCAAAAUCAAUGAUGUUGAAAUUGAGGAAUUGGAAAAUAAAGUUUUGAGGAUUAACGGCGAUCAGGAGAUUGAAGGAAAACACCAUAUCAAGCAUGUUAUAGCUGAUAAAAUUUCAAGUAAUGAGACCAAAUUUAACGAAGCUUUAAAUCAAACAAGUUCCGAAAAUGUUGUAAUAAAUAGGGAUUUGAAAGUGGACAAAAUCAAAACUGGGUCAAUUACAGUCAAAGGAUUAGUUAACAAUUUAAAUUUUACUCAAAUUGUCAAUGAUACAGUUAAAAAAGAUUCUGAUCGUUUAAUUGGUGGUCACAAAAAUUUUAAUAAACUCACUAUCAACAACUUGCAUACCGAAAAUGGUAUCACUCUUCACAAUCUUGCCGAAAUUGACAAACUCACAAUUGACAAACCCAUAAAUCUCACAAAUAUUAAAGUUGAAAACAUUUAUUUCGAAAAUGAGUUCAAUGGUGUGGACAAGAAAAUUUUUGGAAAUGAAAACAACACAGACCAUACAAUAAUUCCAAAAAAUUUGAAUUUGGACACUGUAGUGGUUUUCGGUAACGUCUAUAUUGCCUCAAAUAAAAUAAGUGAGGUUGAAAUCGAAGAUUUAGUUGAAAAUUCAGUCAAAUUGGAUGAGCCAUUCGAGUUUAAUUCUGCUACAUUUGAAUCUCAAGUUAUUUCAAGAAGUCGGGUAAGUCUUAAUGGCCACAUUGAAGAUUUUGAUUUCGAAAAUGCAUUACUGCCGAAUUCUGAUAAAGAACUGAUAAUUAUUGGUGAAAAAAAUUUCAAAAAUAGUGUCACAAUUAAUGGAAGUUUUGUUUUGGAUGGUCUCCUUAACGGAAUCAAUGUAACACAAUUUUGUGAAUUUAGUAUGGGAGAAAGCGAAGGCAGAAAUGUCACUAUUGACGGAAAUGUUUAUUUUGCCAUGGGACCAAAUAUUGGAAAAAUAAAUAACGUGAAUAUAAACGAAAUCAGAAACAGAGCUUGGUUUAAGGAUAGAGACGUCAAUUUGACCGGUUCUGUUCAUUUCGACGAUAUAAUUUUCGAAAAUGAUAUUUAUGUUAAAGGUUACGUUGAAAACAUCAGUUUGAAUCUCCUCUAUGAAAACUACUUCAGCAAAUCCAAAGAUCAAAACAUUACGGCCACUUUCAAAUUCGAAAAUGAUUUAAUUUUUGAAAAUAAUGUAACAGUUCCCGAAAUAUCACUUAACGGGCGAUUAAAUAACAUUGAUUUGGACGAAUUUGUUAAAACGGCUUUACUAAAUGAUUACGAACAAAUUUUUGAAACUGUAGUUUUUAUAGAAGACUGCGUUAUUGAGAAUUUAAAUGGAGACUUUCUUGUAAAUAAUUUGGAUCUAGAAACCGAUGUUAUGAGAUACGAUAAGGACAACAUGGUUACUGGUACAAAAAUUUUCGAAAAUCUGAAUGUCGAUUACUUGAAAUUAGAGAAAAAUAUCAAAAUACAAGAUGUUGAUGUCUUAGAGUGGUUCAAAAAUUCGGUUCUCAAAACCACUAGUUUCAAUAUCACGGCGGAUAAAAGUUUCACAAAUGCCAAUUUCGCCAACGGAUUUCAGGUUUCAGGGAAGUUGAAUGAUCACAUGUUUGAUUCAAAAAAUAUUAUGGUAACAAACAUACCUCAAGAAAUAACCGGGAAAAAAAUUAUUCAUACAAGUCAAUUAAAUUCAGUCAUGUUCAAAAGUAUCAAAUUGAAGGGGUUAUUAAACGAUGUUGAUCUUUCGAAACUUAUCAACGACCAGGCGUACAAAAAUCAAGAAAAUAUUUUUAAAACAAGACUCAAUUUUGCUAACAAUAUUACUACAAAUAAUUUGAUAAUAAAAAAAACCUACCAACAGUUAAACAUGACUGAAUUGAUUAUGAAUGUCACUAAUUUAGGAGUGUUGAACAAUUUACUUGAACAAUACAACAAGGUUUUGGACAUGACUUACAAACUUGAAAAUUCGGUCAAAGGUCAAGCUUAUUUCAUGCAUCAUUACAAAACCAUCCAAAUAAUACCCCGGGUAAAAGAGAGCAAGAUGAUAUUUUGCUCAGAUAAUAUUCUCCGAAUUGGUUCUUUAGUAACAGACGAGGAUGGCCUAAGAAUGGAUUUGUAUGGUUGGAGUCCCGAAAAACAAUUCUUAAAUAACGGAAUUAUACAAUUCACUGAACCUCUAGUGUACAUAGACCAGGUAUUUUCGGGGCGCUACCUUUACAUGGAAAGACAAAACGGGACCGGAAGUUUCACUCUUAUGUCACGCCCUGUAUUUCAAAACACUUUGACUAUUCCUACAAACUUUACGCGAUCUACUGCUUCAUUUGUACUACCUUAUACAGGGACCAAUUGUACUCUAUUUAUUUAUGAUGAUUGUGCCCCAAAGAUCUUCUGCGAAAUUGAGGGCAGUAUUGAACUUUUGCAAUCAUUGGAUUCUUCAAUAGGUCUUAAAGGAACAUCGAAAACAAUUGAGGGAACAUUAUAUUUGGCCAUUAUCACCGAACCUAGGGAGGGUUUGGAGUCUCAAAUCGACCUUUGGCGCCUGAAUAACAACACUGGCUAUUUUGAAAUCCACCAAACAAUGUUUGAAGCCCAACCGCGAAGUAUUGCCACAGCUUCGUAUAAUGGAUUUCACUAUUUGGCUAUAGCUUGUGGUCAUUUACAAAACGCGAUUUAUUCUGGAAGAGUUGAAAUCCGAAAAUUCGACGAAUUGUCACUCCAAUUCGUCCCCUGGCAAAGCCUGGAGCUAGACGCUCCUAUCCAAGUCGAAUUUUCAAUUUUACCAUCAAAUGAAUUGGUUUUAUACGUCGUUACGGACAAUCCGACCCAACCCCUACUUGUUUACCGGUACGAGGGCAUCGCCGGGUUCAAAUUAGCCCUCGCAGCGUCAACUCUGCCCAAAAUAUUAUACAUGAACCUGUUUAUGGGUGGAGACAACCAACACUUUAUUAUAGCACAAAGUUAUGACGAAAUCAAUGUUAUACAAGCGAUUUUUAAAGGCGAAAAAGUAGCUGAUGGGUGAUGAAAUUAGAAAGGGAAUUUAAUAAUAGUGUAUUGUUUUGGUGUUUUUGUUAUUUUAUUUUGUUGUGUGAUACAUAAAUGUGAUUGUACACUGAUAUAAAUAAAAAAUAUUAAAUGGUUCAAA